CGCAUUCCUCAGUUUGGGUUCAGUCCCCCUUCCUUCCCUUCCUUCCCCCUUCAUUUGUUGUCUUGUCGCCCACCCAACUUACUCAUCAUGACUCUCAAGAAUGCCCUUCUCGACGUAUUCCCUUGCCCUUCCACCAGUCCGGGCCACUUUAAUGCAUGAACGGACUAUAUAUGGACAGCAAUCGAUCCACCAACCCCCCCAAAUGCACUAUUACCUAGCUAGACGCAACUCCCUUUCUUACCUUACCCACUUUGGAUUGUCCUCAAAUGCUCCUGCACCAUACUGGCGUAGCACAACGUGGCGGGAGCUUGUAAACGCGCAAAGAAAGACAUAACAUUGUGGUCCCGUCCGCCAAAUCGGCACUUUCGGCUCUUCUGCUAUAUUCCUUUCGCUUCCUCGAUGCAGCUGGGUGUUCUUGCCCUUCCGGAACCACCUACCUGCCUACCUUGGCUCAAAGAAAUGUCAGGGCACCCCAAUCCCCAGCCGCCUGACGCUUCCUCCCUUCAUAUCCUUGCACAACCUUGUGC